AUGGCAAGGGGCUUAGAACUAGCACCACUGCUGCUACUACUGCUGGCUGUGGUGACUGGUUUUUGCGCUGCGCAGCUCAACUGCACGUGUCCCACCAACAAGAUGACCGUCUGCAACUCAAAUGGCCCAGGUGGCGUUUGCCAGUGCCGGGCAAUCGGCUCACAGGUAUUGGUCGACUGCUCCACGCUGACUUCCAAGUGUCUGCUGCUCAAAGCGCGCAUGAGCUCCCGAAAGAGCGGCCGCCGCCUGGUGAAACCGAGCGAGCACGCGAUCCUGGACAACGACGGCCUCUACGACCCCGAGUGCGACGACAAGGGCCGCUUCAAGGCGCGCCAGUGCAACCAGACCUCGGUAUGCUGGUGCGUAAACUCGGUGGGCGUGCGCCGCACGGACAAGGGAGACCUGAGCCUACGCUGCGACGAAGUGGUGCGAACCCACCAUAUCCUCAUUGAGUUGCGCCACCGCCACACCGACCGAGCCUUCAACCACUCUGAUCUGGACUCCGAACUGCGGCGGCUCUUCCAGGAACGCUACAAGCUGCACCCUAGCUUCCUGUCGGCGGUGCACUACGAGGAGCCCACCAUCCAGAUAGAACUGCGCCAGAACUCGUCGCAAAAGAGCCUGGGAGAUGUGGACAUCGCUGACGCCGCCUACUACUUCGAGAGGGACAUCAAAGGCGAGUCGCUGUUCGCGGGCCGCCGCGGCCUGGACGUGCAGGUGCGUGGGGAGCCCCUGCAAGUGGAGCGGACGCUCAUCUACUACCUGGACGAGAAGCCCCCUCAGUUCUCCAUGAAACGCCUCUCUGCGGGCGUCAUCGCUGUCAUCACUGUGGUCGCGGUGGCGCUAGUGGCCGGCGUGGUCGUCUUAGCAAUCACCAACCGGAGGAAGUCAGGAAAGUACAGAAAGGUGGAGCUAAAGGAGCUGGGGGAGAUGAGGAGCGAACCUAGCUUGUAAAUAAGCAGGAAGUACUGGCCCAGGCCAGACUGAGUUGGCCUGUUGAUUCUUGGCCAGGAGGUAGUUUUCCUCCCACCUCUCACCUCUUCCUUCUCUCUCCACAAACAAAUUUGCUUGAUGCUGAGCUCAGGUCAUCUCCUCGCCCUUGGUCUUAAAGGAAGCAUUUCUGAAAUUCCUUGUCCAGUCACCAGAAAACUGACCCGGAGAGUUAAACAAAGGCUGGUCAGGUGGCUUCUUUAAGAAACAAGUGCCAGGCAGUCCAGCACCAUUUCCCAAUGACUUGAAUGGGUUGAAAUGGGAGAGCGGCG